GUGGACAGCGACAGCGUAGCUUUGCAGCAGUCAUCAUGGUUCUCAUCUGGACACAGUUUGGAGUCAAGCACAAAAAUGUCAACGUCAAGUGCAAAGUUCGGGUGAUGCACAGAGGAGACAGCUCGGGAUCAGCUUCAUCCGCGGAAGGAACCAAGUCUGAGCCGGACACGCCCUGCCUGUCCAUCAAGCCCAGCGCCGGCAAGGACUUCUACAAAGUACUGGGCGUGGCGCCCGAGUCCAACGAAGACGAGAUCAAGAAGGCUUACCGCAAGAUGGCGCUCAAGUUCCACCCGGACAAAAAUAGCGAGGCCGACGCCGAAGACCGCUUCAAGGAAAUCGCAGAGGCCUACGAAGUUCUGACUGAUCCUGCAAAGAAGAGCGUCUACGACCAGUUUGGGGAGGAAGGUCUCAAGAGUGGCAUGUCAGCAGCGGGCCAAGGCAACACUUUCCGCAACCAAUUCCCCACCGACCCGCACGCCACAUUCUCCUCCUUCUUUCACGGCUCCGACCACUUUGACAUCUUCUUCGGUCACGACUGCGACGACGACGAGCUCUUCAACCCCUUCCGCCGCUUCCCCUUCAGCCACGUGGGCGCUUACCCCGGGCAAGAGAGCGGCGGUGGCCUGAGACGGGGUGUGCGACGCCCCCGAGCCAAGGCCCUGGUACGCGAGUUGCCGGUCAGCCUGGAAGACGUGAUGCACGGCUGCACCAAGCACGUCAAGAUCACCCGCAGCCGCCUCGGUCCGGACGGCCGCAGCCUGUGGACCGAAGACAAGGUGCUGAACGUGGUGGUGAAGAAAGGCUGGAAGGCAGGCACCAAGAUCACCUUCCCCCGGGAGGGCGACGAGACGCCCAACAGCACACCCGCUGACGUCACCUUCGUUCUAUGUGACGCCGAGCACCCGCAGUACAAGAGAAACGGCUCCAACAUCAUCUACACGGCCAGCAUCACCCUCAAAGAGGCCCUUUGCGGCUGCACAGUCAACGUUCCCACGCUGGACAACCGCCUCAUGCCCCUGCCGUGCAGCGACGUCAUCAGACCGGGCGCAGUCCGGCGCCUUCGCGGCGAGGGCCUGCCCGUCGCCCGCAGCCCAUCGCGGCGGGGCGACCUUGUGGUGGAGUUUCAAGUGACCUUUCCCGACAGGAUCCCACCACAGUCUCGGGAAAUCAUCAAGCACAGUCUGGGCCAGUGCUAGUCUGCUCAGCACCAAUGACUGCUACCUGUGUGCCCCCACCCCCCCAUUACAAAGCCAAUGGCUGCGAAUGGUGGUCCAUGGAAAGGGUGCCAAACACUAGUACAGUAUUUGUAAAUUCCCACUGGUCGAACUUCAGCACUACCCUUCAAUGGUUGGGCUCGCCCGUUCCAAACUGAGGUGCGAUAUGACCAAUCACAAAUUCCCGUUGUUUUCCCUGCAGAGGGGCCACCAUAAAACCUGACUCAAGUGCUCUUUGGUAUCUGAGGACAUCUCCAUUUUGCCUUUCUCUCCGAUGAAAAGCUUAUUCUUAUCUUGUGUACUGUUAUAACCGCAGUAUGUUAUUUGAGUCUGUACAGACUUAACAUGGGGUUGUGGGGACGGGAUGGGCGGGGCGGAUCAACUACUUGACUAUAGUUAUAUAUGGUGCUCAUAUGGGACUUUUGCAUUGAUUUUCUUACAUUGUACUUGUGUGCAAAGAUCUACUUUGUGUGCAAACAAAUGCAAACAACGUUGUCUCUAACAGAGACUCAUGUGUCAAUUGUUCUAUUGAAUUGAAAGGUCUGAGGUGAAAUAUACAGCGAGGACCUGGCAGCAUGAAUUGAAUUAAAGAGAGGGAAAAACUUUA